CCUGGCCCACCACCUCUCACCUACACCAGGCUACCACACUACUACUAGGUGUUAAGAUGAUUCAGAUGGAGGAAGCCGAGUUCUCAAAGCCACUACACAUUCAGCGUCUGGAACAGGCCUUCAAGUUGGACCCGUUCCUCAACUAUGUGGAGCACAUCAUCAACCAGCCAAUUAGUGAUUAUGACACGGCAUCAGAGUCAGAGGCUGAAGGAGGGAUAUCAAUCAAGAAUGGAAUCCCCAGAACAAAAGAUGAGCGAGAGAAUGAUAAAUCACAUCUGUACAACUUCAGCUGCAUACGGCGUAAGAGGCAGUGGUUGAAGGAGACGCUCGUGUCAUCGUCGUCGUCGUCUGAAUCGUCUGAAUCGGAAGAUGGAGAAGAUGAUGGGGGAUCUAGAUUUACAACAGCUGACCUGGAGAAAAUGCUGCGGGAGCAUCGUCUCCGUAAACACCACCAGUCACACUUUUACCAAAAUGAAGAGAACCGGGGCUACCUGUACUACAGUGCUGGUCUCCUGUCUCGUGUUGACAAAUAUCCGGACCAUCAGCGAUUUAUGGCUGGAUCAAGACGAAAGAAAAAUAAAGAAAAAAGGGAAAAGGAGAAACUGCAGAAGAUAAAGAAGGAAGAAGAUGAAGAGGAUUUUGAUCCUGAGAGUCCGUUGGCUCAGAAUGAGGACAGUCUACACAGCUUCCCAGAUGAUACCUCUGAUGACCUCACUGUACCAGUCAAGGGCCGCAACAGAAGCAACAAGAAGGAUAAAAAGCCCAAGAAGUUAGAUGCUCAGGCCCUGACCAUGAGGAGACACAAGCUGUGGGUGUUGAUGGCCAAGAAGGAAGUGGGGAGGUGUCAGAAGUCAAAAGCAUCUUUUCGGAAAGAGGUUUUACAGAACUGCAAGAGGAUGGCCACCGGCUGUAUGAGAGUGUGCAGACAAAAGGCUUUACAGAGCCAGAAGACUGUGAAGGACAAAGUGUGGAUGCUCAAGAGACUCACCAGAACAAUGCAGGGAGAGUGGAAAAAGUUUGAUCGCAUUUUAAAAGAACAGAAUCGGCGGGCUGAGAGAGAGGCCGAGGAACAACGCAAGAUGGAUAAAGAAAUCUUAGAGGUUAAGAGGCAACAGCGGAAGGUGAACUUCCUCAUCACUCUCCCAGAACUGUACGCUCACUUUAUGAAGAACAAGAUGGGGUCAGCGUCUCUGGAGGAUGAAGAUACCAGCAGCAUCCUCAAGCAGUUGGAGGAUGAUGGGUCUAUGCCUUCAUCGUCAAUUGAUGAUUAUGACUGUGAAGCCAUGAAGGUUCAGGCCCUCAAGACUGCUCAAGAGGCUUACUCCACCCAGCAGGCCAAACUAAGUUUUUUCUCAGGGACUGAAGGCAAAAUCAUUCCAGGACUUGAAGGCUCAAAAGAAUCCAAGGAACAUCCACAACCAGAUAUAUUUACAGGCAUCCUCAAGAGCUACCAGUUGAAUGGCAUGAACUGGCUGGCUAAUCUCUACUACUUUGGCAUUAAUGGUAUACUGGCUGAUGAGAUGGGUCUAGGCAAGACAGUUCAGUCCAUUGCCUUCCUAGCUCAUAUAUGUGAGCAGUAUGAUACAUGGGGACCAUUUUUGAUAAUCACACCAGCCUCUACUCUUCAUAAUUGGACUGGAGAAAUAGCCAGAUUUGUGCCAAACUUCCAGGUUGUGCCAUAUUGGGGUAAUCCCGAGGAGCGUAAAAAUCUCCGCAAGUUUUUUGACGGAAAGAACCUUGGGAGCAGAGAUGCCAGUUUCCACAUAGUUGUCACCAGUUACCAGAUUGUUAUUCAGGACUUCAAGUUCCUCAACCGUUUAAAGUGGAACUACAUGGUGCUGGAUGAAGCUCAGGCCAUCAAGAGCAUCAACAGUCAGAGAUGGAAGCUCCUCCUGGGGUUCAGCUGCAGAAACCGUCUACUACUGUCAGGAACACCCAUCCAAAACAGCAUGGCAGAACUGUGGGCUCUGCUGCAUUUCAUCAUGCCUACACUCUUUGACUCUCACCUGUGGUUCAACGAGUGGUUCAGUAAAGACAUUGAGGGGCAUGUGGAGAACAAGACACAUGUGGACGAGAAACAUCUAAAUCGCCUUCAUAUGAUCUUAAAGCCCUUCAUGUUGAGGAGAGUCAAGACAGAAGUUGAGAAUGAACUUACUGAUAAGAUUGAGAUAAUGAUGUACUGCCCCCUCACACUUCGACAAAAGUUUCUGUACAGUGGUCUUAAGAAUAAGAUUAGUAUUGAUGAGUUGUUGAGGUCAUCUAUGGGUCCAUCUUCCCAGCAGUCAUCUGUUACAUCAUCACUCAUGAACCUUGUCAUGCAGUUCAGGAAGGUGUGCAACCACCCCGAGCUUCUGGAGCGACGAGAGGUGCGAUCACCAUACACCACACGUCCAGAGCCUUACCUCAUACCCAAGCUUGUCUUCCGUGAAGCUUUCUUCCUUGAUGCCAGCCCAAGUAAACACCACCUGUUGUACAACCGCUUUUCAGUCUUUCAUGCUGACUAUGUCCACUCCAGCCUAACAAAAGAGAAUGAAACCAGAAAAUGUUUCUCAUUCCUCCGCUUCAUGAAUGUCAGUGUACAAGAGCUGUCUGAUGCUGUCUUAAGAGGGCUGGUCUCAAGGUGGCUAAUGUUAUAUGCUGCUCUUCAGUACGCAAACAUACGAUACCUGCGCAACACCUGGAAUGAGAGAGUGAAGACCCGGUGCUCCCAGACACUCCCAGCCAGUAAAGAUCAAAUUCUGGUGGAUCCUGUUUUAUGCCCAGCAAGAAUAUCAUCGAGUGAGGUGUUGACCGAUCUCAUGUUCACGUCCAGUACCUCGUCCAUCUACACAUUCUCUAACCAUACCAUUCACCACAUCCCUGAAACAAUGAACCACAGGAUAAUAAGGUCAAAGAAAGCAAGAAUGCCGUUGAUAGAAGAAGUGUCAGAGACGAGCUAUAUCUGUGAUAAUGAAAACACUCCUUGUGAUUUAUUGACAGUCAUACCAGAUGAGGAUUCGUCCACCUUACCAGCCGUGCCAGAUCUCAAAGUUGGGUUUGGGAAAGUUUGUACUCCACAGAAAAUUGGACAUUCACAAAAAAUGGGAAGUCCACAAAAAAUUGGAGGUGGUCAUAAACAUUCGCACAGAAGAACGAGCACUGGAUUAAAACAUUCCUCAAAAAAACACAUUGAGAAAAAAGAGGUGAAGAUAGGAGACGGGGAGGAGGUGGAGAGCGGGGAGGCGGAGGUGAGCCUUUUGCCUGAGAUGCCACAUGUGGAGCGUCCCCCCAUCAUCCGCACCUGCCAGCCCACCUUCCUGCCAACUUUCCUCCUACACACCUGCUCCAAGGCUCAGUGCUUGGAGAAGGAGGUGGUGUGCCAUGACCGGUCAGCUGCCUGGUGGAGGGUGAGGGCUGCUCACUCUGACACUGCUGAGGGCCUCUCCUACCUCAUCUAUGGCUCCUCACAGCUGGAGAAAGAGUGGACGGAGAGACGGCAGCGGGUGACAGCAGUAGACUCAGGUGGCCUGAGAGGUGCCCACCCCAAGCUGGGCUGGAGCCACGUCCUUAUUCCAGAUAAACAUACACUCAUCAUGGACGCUGGAAAGCUGUAUGUGUUGGACACUCUCCUCUCCAGACUCAAGGCCGAGGGCCACCGUGUCCUCAUCUACUCCCAGAUGACCAAGAUGAUUGACGUGCUGGAGGUGAGUACAUGUAGUAAUUAG